AUGAAGCCCUGCACAAGGAGGCCAAAGGCAAUAUUAGUCCCCUAUCCUGCGCAAGGCCAUGUCACUCCCAUGCUCAAACUAGCCUUGAUCCUCCACUCCCAGAGCUUCGAUCCAGUGCUUGUCACCCCGGAAUUCAUCCACCGGAGCAUCUCUCCCAUGGACGAUCAGACGAUGGUGGAGGUGAUCACGUAUGUCCCGAUCCCGGACAACUCAGGGGCUGGCGAUGGUGCGCCUCGCGACUUCUUCUUGGUCGAGAAGGCCAUGGAGGACGGCAUGGCGGUCCACCUAGAGCGGCAUGUGAGAGAGCUUGAUGUGGCGUUGAUGGUGGUCGACUUGCUGGCCUCGUUCGCGAUUGGGGUGGGGAACCGGUGCGGGGUCCCAACCGUGGGGUUCUGGCCGGCCAUGCUCACGACCUACAAGCUAGUCGCGGCCAUCCUAGAAUUAGUCCAAGCUGGUUACAUUUCUGAUAGUGGAAUACCCCAGAAAGAAAGCGAGAUACAUCAAAACCCCUCGUUGACCACCCAAGACCUGCCGUGGCUGAUCGGGCCGGUCAACGCCCAGAAUGCAAGAUUCAAGUUCUGGACUCGGACUCUCCACCGGUCGGCAUCUCUCCGGUGGCUCCUGGUCAACUCCUUUCCCGAGGAGGAAGACGAAACUCCGAUCCAGUGCUCCAGAGACUGCCCGACGAUCAUCCCCAUCGGGCCUUUGACCAGCCCUUCCCCGUUGACAAAGAACCCUAGCUUCUGGGAAGAAGACGCCACCUGCCUGACCUGGUUGAAGAAUCAAGAACGCAACUCGGUGAUCUACGUCUCCUUCGGCAGUUGGGUCAGUCCCAUCGGACGCGACAAAGUCGCCAGCCUUGCCCUCUCGCUCGAGUCUACGCGGCGGCACUUCCUGUGGGUGCUUGGACCGUCAUGGCAUGACGGCUUGCCCAAUGGCUUCCUGGAGAGGGUCCGCAGCUGGGGCAGGGUUGUGCCGUGGGCCUCGCAGGUGGAGGUCCUACGGGACGGCGUGGUCGGGUGCUUCGUGACGCACUGCGGGUGGAACUCGACGGUGGAGGCAGUGCAGUUCGGGCGGCGGAUGCUGUGCUGGCCCGUGGCGGGGGACCGGUUUGUAAACUGCAAGUACAUUGUCGAGGUGUGGCGGGUCAGGGUGAGGCUGGGGGGAUUCGGGGAAAGGGAGGUCGAGGACGGAGUGAGGCUGGUCGUGGAGGACGGCAAGAUGGGGGUGAGGUUGGCGGAGUUGAAGGAGAGGAUGAUGACGGCAAAGGCGAGCUCGAGAGCGGUGGCAAAUAUGGCCGGCUUCGUCAAAGAUCUCAAGAGAAUGACGGAGGAUGAUUCUCUGUAAUUACUUAGUUGGAAGCAUUAAUUGUUUUUGUUAUGGUUGUCUUCUCAGGGUUUCGAGUUGAUCAUCAUUG